GAGAGAGAGAGCGAGAGAGAGAUUCUGAGCUUCAAUAAAGCCCCGGUUUUAAGCCCGGCCCCUUUUGAAUAUGGAAAUGUUUCAAACACUGAGAAAAAUCGAGCAAGAGAGAGAGAGAGAGAGAGAAAUUGAGCGAGAGCGAGAGAGAGUAGAAGGUGGAGGGUAGAGAGAGAGGGAGAGAGAGAGAGAGAGAGAGAGAGAGAGAGAGAGAGAGAGAGAGAGAGAAAGUGGGGCCAGUCUGAAUUGUGAGUGGCUUACGACACUCAGUGAACAGACGGUGCCUCUGCAUGCUCUGCCAGUACACUAGUCUGCUGCAAGCGAGGGAUCGAAGUGAAGAGUGCUCUGCCUCUCCUCUCCAUCCCUGUCACACACCGCCUCUGCCUCCCUACUAGCAGCCUCCUCAGCCUCUCAGCCUUCCAGCCUCCACCAGCAAACUCCCUCCAGCCGACCAGGGAAAAACACCACUAACAACACAAGUGGAUAUGAACAGAACCCAAAAGACAGGAGGACACAGGAGUCAAGGGGCUUCUCACAGGAGAUGAGAGGGGAUCUAAAAGAAGGAUACUAAAAAGAAAGUAGAAAAAAACUAAGGGGAAAACAGAGAGAGAGAGAAGAGAAUGAGAGAGACCCUGGCAUUACCCAUCCUUAUCCUUCCAAUACAUAUUUUCUGAAGCGCACCGGUCGGUCACUAAAAUAAUAAUGACAGAGUUGACUGGAUUUAAGCCGUGCAGGUCAGCGAUCGCUUCAAGUGACAGACGGUAAUUUGUGUUGACAGAUCUGCCCCCAGUCUUUAUCGAGAGAGAGUUUUGAGUUAGUCUUUUCCUCUCCUUUCUUGGUUGGCUUGGUUUUUCCUCUGUUCUCCUCUUCGGAUCAUCGCAGCAGUAGUGACUGCAGAGGAGCAGGAGGGAGAGAUCGAGCGAGAGAGAGAGAGAGCGAGGAGGCACGGCACUCAUGCAUGCAGCCGAGCAGGAAACUUGCACUUCCUAACCAGCAUCCACUUGGAUUCCUUGGGUCUUUUCUGGCUUCUUUCACACGAGGAGAACUAAGACAUUGUAAGCCUGCCAGGAUCUGGUAUUCUGGCUGAAAAGGACGAGAGGGGGGGAGGCAAAUUUGUACCACACUGGGGUCCUUUUUUAGAUUCACACAUAAUUAGUGCGGGCACAAAGGAAGUCGCUGAAUAGGGGAUGUCCGUCUCUGGAUAGGGGUGAGUAGGAUUCCUUUCAUACGUGAUCGCUCGGUGAAGAAAGCAUUUUUUACCCGCUUCGGCUCUCAUCUUGCCCCCUGAUAUCUAACAUGAGCAAAGUGACUUGCCCUUUAUCCCUCUCCCCUGUCCUUUUCUUUUUUUCCACCACACUGGAUUCCUCUUCCUUUCUAUAAGUAAAUACCUUGGGGGGAAAAACACACACACGCACAACACAAUUCACUACAAGAAAGGGAAUACAAAAAAAAUACAAGAGCUGGUUUCCUGCCGGGGAGAGAUUACAAAUUACGAUGUGAACCAUGACAGAAUAAUACCGGAACGAUUCCAAUGGACAUUUUCUCUGCGGAUCUAUCCGAGGAUUUUCAGGCUGAUGGAUUUCCUUCUAAUAGGCUUGUACCUAAAGUGGCCCCUGAGGAAGCCCCCUGGGUUGAUACUGUUGCUGUGGUGCUCGCUGGGCAUCAUGCUCAAAAUGGUCCCAUCGGUGGAGGGCAUCUGCCCCCGUCUAUGCCGCUGCGACAGCAAGCUGCUCUACUGCGAGGGGCUCAAUCUCACCGACGUUCCACGCAACCUGAGCAGCGCACUGGGCCUGUCCAUGCGCGAGAACAACCUGACGGAGCUGCGCGAGGGCCACUUCGCUGGCCUGUCGCAGCUCACCUGGCUCUACUUGGAUCAUAACAACAUCGACGUGGUGGAGGAGGGCACCUUCGACAGGCUGCGCCGGGUCAAAGAGCUCGACCUGAGCACCAACCAUAUUGAGAGCCUGCCCAACGGCACCUUCAGGCCCCUCCCCAACCUGCGCAUCCUGGACCUAUCGUACAACAGGCUGCAGGCGCUGGAGCCUGACCUGUUCCACGGCCUGAGAAAGCUAACCAAUUUGCAUUUGCGCUACAACGCCCUCAAGUUUGUCCCAGUGAGGAUCUUCCAGGACUGCCGGAGCAUGCAGUUCCUGGACCUGGGCUACAACCAGCUUCAGAGCCUGGCGCGGAACUCCUUCGCUGGGCUCUUCAAGCUCACCGAGCUGCACCUGGAGCACAACGAGCUUGUCAAAGUCAACCUGGCCCACUUCCCCCGCCUCAUCUCGCUGCGCACGCUCUACAUGCGCAACAACCGGGCUACCAUUGUGGUCAGCACCCUGGACUGGACCUGGCCCUUCCUGGAGAAGAUUGACCUGUCGGCCAAUGAGAUCGCAUACAUCGAGCCACACGUCUUCGAGAGCGUGCCCAACCUCAAGGCCCUCAUGCUGGACGCCAACCGGCUGACGGCCGUGGAGCAGCGCAUCCUGGAUUCAUGGUCAUCCCUGGGGAGCAUCACUUUGGCAGGCAAUGAGUGGGAAUGCAGCCGCAACGUGUGCGCCUUGGCCCAGUGGCUGAGCGCCUUCCGGGGCCAGAGGGACAGCCAGCUACUGUGUUCCAGCCCGGACGUGGCACAGGGCGAGGAUGUACUGGACGCCGUAUACGCCUUCCAGCUGUGCGAGGACGGCAUCGACCAGGCCACCACAACUAUGGGAUGGUACCCCGGCUACACCACCAAGGACCAGGCCCGGGGAGGCCCCACGGCCAACCCCUACGAUCCCCCAGCCGCCGAGGGCGGCGCAGUGGUCACCAAUUCCUUCACCGUGACCGUGGCUAACCUCGACGACAUAGACAGCACCAUGCAGAUCCACAAGGUGGUGACGGGCACCAUGGCGCUCAUCUUCUCCUUCCUCAUUGUGGUGCUGAUGCUCUACGUGACCUGGAAGUGUUUCCCGGCGGGCGUGCGGCAGGUGCGCCAGUGCUUCAGCAGCCACCGGCGCAAGCAGAAGCAGAAGCAGAGCAUGCAGCAGAUGGCCACCAUGUCCACGCCGGAGUACUACGUCGACUACAAGCCCAACCACAUCGAGGGGGCCCUGGUCAUCAUCAACGAGUACGGCUCCUGCACCUGCCAGCAGCAGCCCUCCCGGGAGUGUGAGGUCUGAUCCGACCCUGUGUGUGUGUGUGUGUGUGUGUGUGUGUGUGUGUGUGUGUGUGUGUGUGUGUGUGUGUGUGUGUGUGUGUGUGGAUAUGUGUGUGUUUACGUGUGUUUGUGUGGAUAAUAUGGACAACCACGGAGACCCUUUUUGGAUAUAUGGGAUAUAUUGGGUGGGUUGGGGUUGUAUAAGUGAGGUUUGAACCAGGGAACCUGCUAUGGACACUAUUUACACUGUGUCACACUGUGCUGCUCGCCCCCCUACUGUGGAGGAGAAAGGGGGAGGACUGACUGAGACCGUGGAUUAAUUGCUGUGGAUCUGAAGGGCCUCUAUGGACAGUAUGGAGACCAGACUCUAUUGUGCCUGUUGACUUGACGCACAGAAUCACCAGAGAUGGAAUAUUAUGUUGACUUUAUACAGAAACUCCAGAGAGGAUUACUAUGUUUGUAGGCACCAAUGGUUUCAUCUUCUUCUUCCUCUUCUUCUUCUUCUUCUUCUCUACACCAGGAGUGGAUAUUAUUUCAGCUUUAAAUGAGUCUUUCUUACUUCAGGAUAUUCUGCUAUUGUCUAAAGACCAACUGGGGACAUACUGGCCAGCCAUAAACACACCAUUUUUAUUGUGGUAAUACAACAACAACAAAAAAAUACAACAAUAAUGCAAAGUUGGAUUAUUAAAAAAAAUAAAUAAAGAUGAUCAAUUCUGUGUAAAAUAUGUUAAAAAAGCAAGAGUGGGAAAAAAAGAUGCUAGAUGCUAUCCUAUUUCUUUUGUAAACUACAACAACAAAAAUACCAUGUUUAAAUAAAUGAAUUGCUAUUCACAGUAAAGCCCUUGUGUUGUAAGGAACCGUUGGGGAGAGGGGUGGGUUAUGAAAAGAGAUGCAGUGCUCGCGCUGGCGGUAGGAAGAGAGAGAGCAUUUGUCUGGCGUGCCUACUGCAGUAUGUCUAGUUGGGCCAAAAGACAAAGGGCCAGAGGGGCAACCUACCCGCACUUCAUCUCAAAUGUUAAAUCCUCUCCAAUAGGAAUAUCAGAUCUUUUCUUGAUCCCUCAUUCCCUAUUUGUGAGUGAGGGGGGCAUUCAAUGUGCUGGCUCGCUAUAGAUGUUGUGGUUGCUUCC